AUGUCCCCACCCCCUCGUACCGAAAUCGUGGACGCCAUCCUGCAGAGAAGCCACGGCCGAAUUGAUGCCGACAUGGCCGAAAAGUACGGCUACCACGACUUUACCUAUGCGAACUAUUUCGAGCGAUUUAUUGAUUGCUGCGGCUGGAUCAAAGCCAGCCUCACCAGCAGUCCGCGUGAGCUCGGUUCAGAGCAGACGUCUCUUGUAGGUGAAUGCUUGAGAGGUAUCAACCGUGAGGUCAAAUACUACUGCAAGACAACUCCCCGUGGAGUGCGCUCGAAGGCUCGCGAUGACUUGUUUACUCGGUUUGCAAUGGUUAUGAAUUACUUGGAGAAUACCUGUGGUCGUCGCCUGCCUGUUGAGUGA